AUGAAGACGGGUAUUACUUCUGUUCUUUUACUUGGCGCAGUGACCGCUUUGCCGUUGAAGCGUAGUGAGAUCUCCUUCUUGAAGAGUAAGACCGACGAUGCAGUGGUAUUCCAGCUUGGCAACAUCACUUACCUCGCCAACACGAAGUAUCCGAAAGCUACCAUCAGCCUGACCGGCGACCGCAACUUCCACGCUUUCAGCGGUGGUCGGACUAGCUUCCCGAUUACCGUCGUCAGCUCUAAUACUUCCAGUAUAACACAGCAAUCUCUCAGCGCUACUAUUGGAAGCUAUGCCAGCGAUGAUGUCUGGACCCCUGACUUUCUUGAAAGCGUAUAUAUCUCGUCCACAGUCGCUUCGCCAGGCAUGGGAAGCGCAGCCCUAACCUAUCUGGCAUCGCUCAAUGUCACCGAAACUUUCCUGGACAGCGCUCUAGCUGGCGGUCGAAUGCCGGCUGCCACGAUAUGCAACUCUCUCAAUAGUUCUGUGGUCCCUCCUGGCCCAUAUUUGGCAGUGCUCAGCGACGCUUCUUUAAGUCUUGCUCCUGUUUACCGGUUGUAUGAAGACACUUAUAGAGACUUUCUGUUCGGAACGUAUGAAUCUGGAGAUGGUAGCGGCAACUUCACAUCAGCAGAUUUGGCACUGCCGAACUUCGGCUACCCGUUGAUCCCUGUACCAUCACGCCUCUACUAUUGGAACGAUCCUCGACCCUUCGCUGGAUUCCGUGUGGCUAUCAAAGACCUCUUUGAUAUCAAAGGACUGGUAACUUCAGGAGGCUCACAGGCAUGGGCCUACAUCAGUUCGCCGGCCAACGCCACUGCGCCGUCCAUUCAGCGCAUCCUGGACCUCGGUGGAACGUUUGUAGGAAAGUAUAAGCUGGCACAAUUUGCGUCUGGAGCGAACCCGUGGGAAUGGCAGGACGAGCAUUAUCCAUUCAAUCCUCGCGGUGACGGCUGGCUUACAUGUUCCGCGUCGUCGUCUGGUGGCGGCUGCUCGAUAGCAGCUUAUGACUGGCUGGACUAUGCGAUUGGUAGCGAUACCGGCUCGUCCAUGAGGCGCCCUGCUGCCGUGUCCGGGACAUACGGCAACCGGCCCAGUCAAGGUAUGAUCACCCUCGACGGUGUUAUUCCACUUGGAGGAGCCACAGACACUGCCGGCGUGUUCUCACGAGAUCCAUACAAAUGGGCGUAUUUUGCGAAGCAAUGGUACACGCCGUCUCUACACCAGAGCUCGAAUGUCACCGGACUGGCGGCGUUGAGCGUACCGGACAAUGACGGUUUCCCAAAGACGAUUCUCUUUCCAACAGAUUAUCUUCCGUUGAAUAACUCGGCAGCCGAACCCAUCCUUGAUGCGCUCAUAGCCAACAUGAGCUCCCUCUUCGGUAUGACGGUCAAGCGCUUUAACUUCACCGCCACCGUCCAAGCUGCGGUAAAUCCCGCCGUCAAUAAUAUUGUUGCGCUCAAUAACGGCCCUCUUGGCAUCAUCAACUCGUACACACAGUGGGAAGUUAUCGGCAAGCCAUUGGUGACAACUUGGGCUCGCUUAUUCGAUGGCCGUUUCCCGCCGAUCGACUCUGCUCGGCGUGCCGGCUGGCGGGCCUAUAAUGAGACGCGGAACUCUUUCACAGCGUACAACAACGCUCUGGAGCAGAAGAAUGCAGCUGUCGAGUGGUACGAGACGUACGUUCAGUAUUCGACUGCAGACUCCUGCUCCGAAAGUGUCAUGCUCUACGAUAUCGGUACAGGCGGAUUACCAUCUUACCGUGAGCAGAAUCUCAACAAUAAUCCAAACGCUUCCUUUCUGGCAAUUACGCCAAAAGGUGCCGCGGUCACCGGCGCAAGCAUUUGUCCUUUGUAUGGGUGCGCAGAUUACACCAUACCAAUCGGCCAAGUACCGUACUACAGUCAAGUAACAUAUCACACGGAGAUGGUACCGGUGACGAUCAACAUGGUGGUGAAGCGUGGCUGUGACUUUGUACUUUUCAACAUGAUCGAGAGGCUAGCAGAUGCAGGCGUGCUAAAAGCGGUGAAGACCGGAACGACAGCCUUUUGA